AUGCCCAAUCAGACGGCCAUGAACCCCACCGCGUCCCCCUCCCGCCAGAUGCCUCCCCCGGCGCUCUCCCCACGCCAGCUGGCAACACUCGCGCUGGGAACGCCUCGCUCAGGGCGAACGGCCGCGGAGAUCAGCACCGACGAUCGCUCUUUCACGCGCUUCCGCGCCCCCGCGCACAAGCACGCCCACCACCUCCACUCCAUCCCCCCGCGCGAGAAGAGCACCCGCACCCUGAUCCUCGAUCACAUCCUCUGGGUGCACGCCCUCACGCGACUGGCGCAGGCGCGCGCGGAGCUCGGCAUGUCCGACCUUUGUCCCCCGCCCCCCGAGUCGUCCUCGCCCGGCCCCUACAACCCGCUGCGCCCAGAGUCGUACGCGCACGCUGCGCAGGAGUCGGAUGGGGAGGAAGACUCGCUGGUCACGCUGCGCUCGCGCGUCGGCAACCCGGGCGACCCCCACCUCGACACCGAGGACCAGCGCCUGUACGAGAAGCAGGACCUCGACCUCGCCCGCGGCCUGCGUACGCGCGCCGAAGCCCUUGAGAAGGUCAUCGUCGCCACGCUCGACGGCAUGCCCCGCGUCAACCCGCACGAGAGCGGCGAGGGCGACUCGCUUGACGGCUUGGGACGCCCGCCAGAGAGCUCGGAAUCUGGCAAGAACGAGGCGGCGGCUGGUCUUUCUACCUCGAAGGCGCCGAGUGCAAGCAGCAAGGAUACGAAGCAGACGGUGAAGCCUGCACCCCCGCUGCCGAACGGCGUGCGCCUUCGGCUAGCGCUCGGCACGGUUAUCAAUGACCUCUUCGCCCGCUGCCCCCCGCCUCCGCCUCGUCGUCGCAGAGGAAGCUCACCUUCGGGCGAUGGAUCAGACGGUCCGUCGCAGGACGGCACUCAAGAAGCCCCCGUCGUGGAAGAGCAUACUACAAGGGAUGAAUGGCCUACCCCGCUGCGAUCACUGGCGAAGGCGGCUCACAUUGACGAUGGGAUGCCGCCGCAGGAAGACCCUGCUCUUACUGGCAUUCCCGAUGCCAACCGGACGCGCGCACUCUACGUCCCAGGUGCUGAUCCCGCCACAGCGAACUCGCCGGCGGAGAUGCGAUGUCCCCGUCAUCUCCAUAAUGGUUGCGGGAUAUGUGUCAUUGCGGACGAAGCGACUAGCGCGAAGGGAAAGUCCCAUGUAAGCGGCUAUCGCGUUGACUCACGAGGUCGCUUCUUCGGGGCGAAUCGCCAGGCGCAAGCUUCGCCAAUGGCCCGCACCGUCAGUGGACGGUCGACUCAAGGUAGCUCGCCCGGCGCCACCCGAUCCCCAGCAGAACGUCACUCGGCCAUACCAAGCAGUUCCGACACGCAGACCUCUCCCUCUGCGUUCAGGGCACCCUCGAGCGCGUUCAGUGGGGUCAGUCAGGGAAACGGUUUGACUGGCUAUCUCGACGGGGCCGGCAUCGGCACUGGCCUCGCUGGCGCUGGCAGCACUGGCAAGCGCAGCGUGAUACGACGAGGCGACGGUCCCAGCAAGAAGACCUCCACCUCCGCUUCGCCCUCCACGGACGACGCGGGCGGCCCCCGUCCUAGCAGCAGGGGCAGCGCCGAACGCGAGCGCGAAGAAGACGAAGCCCGCCGGCGCGCCGCCACGGCCACGACCAGCUUAGCCUCUCUGAUCCCGCGGUUCCUGCGCCUGAGCGCCCUCGUCGCGAAGGAGCUUGGUCGCGAAGCCAAGGAGGGCAAGGACGUCGAAGUCGAGCACGGGCCCGGUCACACACCCGGGGAGAAUGAUGCUGAAGGCGCAGGCGAGGAUGGCGCGCCCCGGGAAGCCGGGCCGGGACAGGCCGCGGUGUCCUCGGGGGCGUCGGCGGCCAGCUCGACAUCGUCGACGGCGCCAUACAUCCCGACGGCGCACUGGUACCUGCUGCUUGCGGGCUUGCUGACGCGCGCAGCACUUGAAGGAUAUCUGAGCACCGGCUGGACGGGGCGCGCGGGUGUGCGUGUGCUGCUCGGCCUCGGCGUCGGUGGUCCGGGAUCGGUACCCGCGGGACGCACCCAUCGCAGGCGGCCUCGGCGACGCAGCAGCGGCGCGAAGAGUACCUCUCCGGAAGUGGUGCCGCCGCGUCACGCCCUUCGCUCGCCUGCUCCGUCGGCAGCGGCAGCUGAGCAGGCCAAUGGAUCGGCUGUCAGCCAGUCCGAACUGGAGUCUUCGGAUGAAGAGGACGACGAGUUCGCGCCUUAUGACCCGGAUGAGCUGCCGAGUCUCGAGGAGGCAGUGAGGUUGCUGUUUCCGACGCUGGCGAGGCGGCUGGGCGUGGGCGGGUCAAGGAGCGCGGCGAGUGGGACGGCAGAGGAAGCGUACAUCAUCGAGAUGGAAGAGCGGAUGCGCAGGUUCUAUACCAUCCCACCUUCGACUCCGGACCUGUCGACGCACAUGGAGGACCUUGCGUGGCAGUAUCCGGCUGAGCCUGUUGAGCGCGCAGCCGUUCGCUUUUGCGAAAGCGUCUGUCGGUGGCGUGGCAAACCUGAGAUCGAGAGCUACCGCAAGCCGACGACCGCGAACUCGUCGAACAACAACUCGACGGGAUCCAACGGGACGGACUCUUCUCCUCUGAUGCCCAUGAACGCGCUGGUUCACUCAAAUCCUACCAGCCCUGUUGUCGGUGUCGGCACCAGUCUCCCCUCCACCACUGGAUUUCCUGCAGUCGGUGUCCCGUAUCAAUGGGGUAUGUCUCAGGCGAAUCAAACACAGGGUCCUCAGCCUUCGGAGGCCAGUGCGGCGGACGACGACGAGAUGGUCAUGCCGCAGAAGAACGCGCAGCCAUCGGUCGAGACGUACUUCGCGCCGGCUUUCUCGACUAUCGUGAACACCGACGCCGACCGCCAGCAGCAACAGCCGCAGCAACAAACCCAGCAAGCUCAGCAGCCACAGAACCCUCAAGGUCUCGGGCUGUCGUACUCACAGCCGUACCCUGGGAUGUACAACAGCUUGAAUGGCUCCCAGCCGUCGACCUCCAGCUACUCCGCCCAACCGGGGUACUCUUCCUACGCGCAGACUUAUCAAAGUCUCAUGCCUCCCCCGCCGCCGCCGUUCCAGCCCGGACAGCAGGCCUCAUAUGGGCAGCAGUCGUACGCGUCCUCGUCUACGGGCUUCGCAAACUACGGCUGGGGCAACAUGUUCCCCGCCCAAAUGGCUGCUCAGGGCGCUCAGCAACAGGGUGAGAAGCGCCAGAGGACGCCCGGCGCCGAGCAGUCGUCGCCUGGGCGCGGCGAGAAACGCGUCCGAUUCUGA